UUCAUAUCGUUAACGGUUUUUCAACCACCAAACAAAAACCAAUCAUUUCAACAGACAAAAAAGAAGAAAAAAAUCUCAAGUUCCUUUUCUUUGUUUUCCUUUCCCCUGUUUUUGAUGUUUUAAGCCAAAUAAUUCGAUUAAUUUUCUUUGGUUUCAAAAGGGUCCAUUUUUUUGUUUUUUUCUCCUCUCCAUUUCUUGUUUUUUGGUUAAGAAAGAAGUAAAGACUCCAUUUUAAAGCAAGAAUUAAUGGAAUUGAAGGAGAUGGUGGUUCUUGUAUCACGUUCCGGCCGGCAUUUGCAACGUUACAACAAGGGUCGUCGCCAAGUUGUUGGAUGUAUACCUUAUCGAUAUAAAGAUUUCACUGAGCUAUCAAUGGUAGAUGAAGAUGCAUUUGAAGUUCUUCUCAUAAGUCCGCAAAGAAAAGGCAAAGGGUUGUUAUUCCCAAAGGGAGGUUGGGAAAAAGAUGAAACAAUCGAAGAUGCAGCACAACGUGAGACUGUCGAGGAAGCUGGAGUACGAGGUGAAGUUGAGUGUAAACUGGGAACAUGGUACUUCGACAACAAAUCCGGUGACACUGCGUAUGAAGGGCACAUGUUUCCGUUGUUUGUAACAGAACAACUAGACUCUUGGCCUGAGAAAGAGAUUCGCGAAAGAACUUGGAUGAAUGUACGCGAAGCAAGAAGGCUAUGCCAAAACGGAUGGAUGAAAGAAGCGUUGGAACUAUUAGUAAGUCGUCUCACAUCACACAGCAAUCGGACCAAAGGGGAACUAUUUCCAGGACUCGAACGUACAUCUAGUGGUAGAGCAACUAUACUUCCUUUGGGAUGUAGAGCUCAAUUACUUUCUCUACCUCUACCAAGUUCUACUGAAGAAGCAUAGUGUCCAUUGAUAUCGAUCAACUGUCAAAAUCUACAUGGUAGAAGUAGUUUGUGAAUAGGAAUUAAUCACUGAAAAUGGUCAAUUUAGCGCGCGGAUUAAGUAGUUCAGAGCAACUCCAGUUUUAAGGUAGUCAUAGGGAGUAUGUUGUUUGAUUGUUAAUUUUAGAAUUGGAGUUGUUUGACAUAAUAGAGAUUUAGAACAAGAGUUGGCACAGGUGAUCUGCACUUGACUUUAGGCUUAAAAAUAAAGUCUUUGAAAAAUGCAGUAUCCCAUUUCAAUGCCUCUAAUGUAAUCCUUAUUAUUGGCAAAAGCUAGUUAAUUACUUAAUUUUAGUAGUUAAUGUUAGUUGAAAUAGCUUGCAGUAAAUUUAAUAGUAGAAUAUAUGAGCUUAAUGAAGUAGUGAUCAUUUGUAAAUAGCUCCCAGAAAUAGUGAUGUUGAAAAAUUAUUGCAUUGAAUUAUGGAUGUUCUGUUGAA